AACGUGUUAUACAUUUCUUCGGGAACAUUAAACACUGAAAACCUUGAACAGUAUGCCAGUAUUGCAUUCCUCGAUGGCCACCAGAUUAUCGGCCGCUGAUCUCUCGUGUAAUGCAUCAAUAGGCACUAAAAUCRCCCGCACAUCUUGCAAGCAUUGGCCAUACCGCACCCUAAAACUGAUUUCGGUGUAAAUUUUUUGUCAUGCUUUCAACCAAAAUCUGCGUGAUAAACCAAACUUGCAACCCCAUUAAAUACUUGAUCUCGUGUUGUUACCGUGUCAAACAAGGCUAUUACGUUACAGCUUKCAUGUACAAAUAUCGCCUUCUCACUCCCAGCAACUUUGACCAAACAUUCGACUGUUAAAUGUUUCAAACCAGCUAUCUAACUAUAUACAACACUGUAUAACUACAACAUUGCGACCUGAAUACGCAGACGUGUGUUAGCUAGUUUCAAGAUGAGUAGCUGUUUUCUGGAUGAGGAGACGUUCUGUCAGUGCUGUCAGCUUUUCCUCCAACACUCCCACUCCCUCUGUGACGGCUGGAGCUGGGAACAAGUGAAGGGUUCUGAGGAGGGCUACCUGAGGAAGACUGCACUGGGGACCGGCAGAACCAGAUGUAACCAGGACCAGCAAGGAACCAGUUCAGACCAGCACCAGGAGAGGACCUUYUCCCUCUCUUUCCAUAAUAAUGAUGAUGAUGAUGAAGAUGAUGGCGCAGUGUGUUGUAUACAGGAGGAGAGCAGUAGUAGCAGUGUCGUUCAGUAUGAAUACCAUAUCCUCUACUCCUGCAGCUACCAGACUCCUGUCCUCUACUUCAGAGCCUCAACCCUGGAGGGUAGGAGUUUAUGUCUCGAGGAGGUAUGGGACAGUGUUCAUCCUAACUACAGACAGAGACUACAGCACAGACCCUGGGACACCAUCACACAACAGGAACACCCGUUGCUAGGCCAGUCGUUCUUUGUGCUCCACCCCUGCAGGACAGAAGAGUUCAUGAAGCCUGUUCUAAAAGCUGCCCUGGAAGAACACCGACAGGUGAACUACAUUGUGACCUGGCUCAGUGUGGUGGGUCCUGUUGUGGGACUGGACGUUCCUCUGAGCUACUGUACACAGGUACCUGAACCCCCUCCAGCUCUCCACAGCCCCCCUCCAGCUCUCCACAGCCCCCAGCCCUAGGGACAAAGCCAGGCUGAAUGGUUCUCCCAUCUAGCGUGGACAACACGUAAUGCCAAAGCGAAUUUCCGUUGGAGCCAGAUUUGACAUCAGCUUCAGAUGUGUUGAUGAGGUCUGUCCAGUGGGCAUGAGAUGGAGAGGGCAGCUGCUUUUCACAGUAAGUCUGUAGAGAGAACCGUUACAUGAAGCACUGCUGACACCUAGUGGUGAGAAAAACAUUACUGCAACUCUACAGGCCUGUCAGAACUGCCAAGUUGAAUAAGCCCAGGUGAUGGAUCUGAGAAGUGGGAGCGGGGUGACGUAUAGAUCUGGGACAGGGUCUACUAUGGGCGUCACUGCUGAUAUCUGUGAAAAGGUAAAACAGACACUUCUCCUUUUGUCAGAGCAGACUAGAGGAGACUAGGAGACAAGGAGACUAGGAGACAAGGAGACUAGGAGACUAGACAACCAUGGAGAAACAAAAGAGGUGUCUAUUCAUUUCUAUCCUUGACAAAGUUGUUUUGUAAUAA